UUACCUCUUCGACCUUUCUCCUUUCUCACAGAUCUUCCACGGAAACUACCAUGGAUCAGUCCAUCGCAGCCUUCCUGAAGAAUGUUACAGAAAAGAAUUUCCAACAAUUAGCUGUGGAUUUUCUGCUUCAUUACUGUACGUUGACCAGUAAGCUAGGAGGCACGCUCUCCCCAGAAAAGCUCACCUCUAUUCAAAAGGCCCUCCAGGAGGGAAAGCUGCCUGAGGUUGUAAGCCAGAUUCAGGAAAUAAUUACUGCUGCAGAAAAUGCUGUCCUGGAGGUGGCUGUGAUCGGGGAGUCUGGAGCGGGCAAGUCCAGUUUCAUAAAUGCCCUGCGAGGGUUGAGUCAUGAAGCAGAAGAGGCAGCCAAAGUCGGGACCGUGGAGACCACUAUGCACAAAACCCCCUAUCAACAUCCGAAGUACCCCAAUGUGACCUUCUGGGACCUGCCGGGAACGGGGACUCCCAAUUUCCGCCCAGAGACUUAUCUAAACAAGAUGGGAUUUGAUAACUAUGACUUCUUCAUCAUCAUUUCUUCUCUUCGGUUCAGCCUCAAUGAUGCUCUCUUGGCCCAGAAAAUCAAGGAUGCAGGGAAGAAGUUCUACUUUGUUAGAACCAAGGUGGACAGUGACUUAUAUAAUGAAGAGAAAACCAAACCCAGAACCUUCAAAAAGGAGAAAGUCCUCCAACAGAUUCGAGACAACUGUCUGGCGAAUCUCAGUGACAUUGGGGUUCCUGAACCACGCAUCUUCUUGAUCUCCAACUUUGAUCUGGAUAGUUUUGACUUCCCAAAGCUGGAGGAGACUUUGCUGAGGGAGCUCCCUUGGCACAAACGCCAUAUGUUUGCACUGCUGCUGCCCAGUAUCUCUGAUGCGUCCAUCGAGUUAAAGAGACAUUUUCUCCGGGAGAAGAUCUGGCUCGAGGCCUUGAAGUCAGCAGCUGUGUCAUUCAUCCCCUGCAUGACCUUCAUGUUCGGCUUUGAUUUGCCUGAACAAGAGCGGUGCAUGAAGGAGUACCGAAGCUAUUUUGGCUUGGAUGAUAAAUCCAUCGAAGAGAUUGCUGCAAAGCUGGGCACACCCGUGCAAGACAUCAAGGGCCGCCUCAAGUGCUCAGAUUUCUGGUCCCUUGAAAAGGACGACAGUGUAGUUGGAAAAGCUUUGAGAUGUGCCGAAUCUGUUUCGGCCGUGAGUGGAGGUCUUCAAUCUUCUGUUUUCCAGGCUUCGAAAGUCUACUUUCUGCGCUUAAGUUUCCUUAACAUGGUGGCUGAUGAUGCUAAACAUCUCUUGAAUAAGCUAGAAACAGCAAAUAUUGCCUAGCUAAACAGUAAGUGAAUUUGAGGGCUUGUGUACCUUAGUUGGAAUUGGGCUUGCCCUUCUGCCACACCCUCAGGGCCGGCCAGCUCUUCUCUAAGGUCCAUGGAUGUCUGUCCCUUGGAGGAAGCCAUUGUUUUCCUUUAGAGAUCACUACCACGCAUGAUUUGAUUUUUGGCCAUAACUUGUCUUCUGUGUUCAUUGAUUUAUUACUCUUGAUCACCAGCAACAACACACCAUCUGCUUUCGACUGUUCUCUGUGUUAAGAGAUAACCUGUUUCUGAUCCCUUUAUGGCAAUAAAAUUGUAAUAAUAAGACGAGACUUAUACCACAGCAUUUCCCAGUUAUUUGUGUCAGCUAUCAUCUCAACAGCCUCCUCAACAAAAUAAAGAAUGCUCUAUAAAUAUGAGGGCACAGUUAAGGGCACAGUAAA